CCUGUGUGGGGGGACCUAGGGGCCAAGGGACCCCAGCAGAGCCCCCCCAAAGGGGGACUGACCCUCCCAGCAUGGCUGGCUCCACUUGGUGAAGAAGGAAAGAGCCAGGCACCAGGCAGGGGCUCCCCUUGGGCAAGAUGGGAAAAUAAAUCUGGCUUUUAAGAGAUGUAAUACCAUGUUCUCACACAAGAGGAUAAUAACCUCCUAAUGCUAACAUCAUAAGGGCUGCAAGUGAAGACAACAUUCUGCUGUAUUUUGAUCCUUCUUCAAGAUAUUGCUGUGGUCAGACAGUGAAAAGAGGUGUCUUCCCAAUGACAACAUGUCAACAAAAGAUCUCAGUCCCCGACAUGGUGCAAAGUCCCGCACUGUGCAGAGAGCCUCAACGAUUGAUGUUGCUUCUGACAUGUUAGGUUUGUCUUUGACAGGAAACAUCCAGGACCCAGAUGAGCCAAUCUUAGAAUUUAGUUUAGCUUGCAGUGAGCUACUUACUCCGUCACUAGACAGAAAGCCAAAUAGUUUUGUAGCAGUGAGUGUAACUACACCUCCUCAGGCCUUUUGGACAAAGCAUGCGCAGACAGAAAUUAUUGAGGGAACAAGCAAUCCUAUCUUUCUCAGCAGUAUUGCCUUUUUUCAAGACUCUCUUAUUAAUCAGAUGACACAAAUAAAACUUUCUGUGUAUGAUGUUAAAGAUAGAUCUCAGGGAACUAUGUAUUUAUUGGGUUCUGUGAUGUUUACUGUAAAGGAAGUACUGAAGGAAAGGAACCAUAGGUUACAUUUAACACUAAGAUCUGCUGAAAGUGAUCGUGUUGGCAACAUUACAGUCAUAGGAUGGCAAAUGGAAGAAAAAACAGACCAAAGACCUCCAGUUACCAGGUCUCCUGACACUAUCAAUGGAAGGACUGUGCUGCCUGUUGAUGAAAGUUUAACAGAGUCAUUAGGAAUCCGAUCCAAAUAUGCUUCAUUACGGAAAGAUGCUUUGUUAAAGUCUGUGUUUGGAGGAGCCAUUUGUCGGAUGUAUCGUUUCCCCACCACUGAUGGGAAUCAUCUGAGAAUCUUGGAGCAAAUGGCAGAGAGUGUCCUCUCCCUACACAUUCCCAGACAGUUUGUGAAGCUGCUCCUUGAAGAAGAUGCUGCAAGAGUUUGUGAACUUGAAGAGCUGGGAGAGCUGUCUCCUUGCUGGGAAAGUCUUCGUCGGCAAAUUGUGACUCAGUACCAAACCAUCAUUCUGACCUACCAGGAAAACCUUACAAAUCUUCAUCAGUACAAAGGUCCAUCAUUCAAAGCAAGUAGCCUGAAAGCUGAUAAAAAGCUGGAAUUUGUGCCCACAAAUUUGCACAUACAACGAAUGAGGGUCCAAGAUGAUGCAGGUUCAGAUCAAAAUUAUGAUAUUGUAACGAUAGGAGCACCAGCAGCUCAUUGUCAAGGCUUCAAAUCUGGAGGUCUGCGGAAAAAGCUGCAUAAAUUUGAAGAUGCAAAGAAACACAGUUAUGAGGAAUGUUGCACUUCAACCACAACCCAGUCAAUAAUAUACAUACCGCAGGACAUUAUCCGUGCAAAGGAGAUCAUUGCACAAAUCAAUACCCUGAAAACUCAAGUCAGUUACUAUGCAGAAAGACUUUCCAGAGCUGCCAAGGACAGAUCAGCCAAUGGGCUUGAAAGAACACUUGCCAUUUUGGCUGACAAGACAAGGCAGCUUGUCACUGUCUGCGACUGUAAGCUGUUAGCAAAUUCCAUCCAUGCACUCAAUGCAGCGAGGCCAGAUUAUAUAGCCUCAAAAGCCUCUCCAACCUCUACAGAGGAAGAACAGGUUGUGCUCAGAAAUGAUCAAGACACUCUUGUGGCCAGAUGGACAGGAAGAAAUAGCCGCUCUUCUUUGCAGGUGGAUUGGCACGAAGAAGAAUGGGAAAAAGUCUGGAUCAAUGUUGACAAAAGUCUUGAAUGCAUUAUCCAGAGGGUGGACAAACUUCUUCAGAAAGAGCGAUUGCAAAGUGAUAGCUGUGAAGAUGUUUUCCAAUGUGACGUUAGCUGUUCUAGCAAGAAAGAUUGCAGUCCCACUCCUGAAGAAUCCAGCCCAGGUGAAUGGAGUGAAGCGCUUUACCCUCUGCUGACAACACUCACAGACUGUGUGGCCAUGAUGAGUGACAAAGCAAAGAAAGCUAUGGUCUUUCUCUUGAUGCAGGAUAGCGCCCCUACAAUAGCUCUUUGUUUGAGCCUUCAGUACCGGAGGGAUGUUGUCUUUUGCCAAACUCUUACAGCCCUUAUCUGUGGAUUUAUUAUCAAGCUGAGGAACUGUCUGCAUGAUAAUGGAUUCCUGAGGCAGCUUUACACCAUUGGCCUGCUGGCACAGUUUGAAAGCCUUUUGAGCACUUACGGUGAAGAGCUGGCAAUGCUAGAGGAUAUGAGUUUGGGGAUAAUGGACUUGAGGAAUGUAACGUUUAAAGUAACUCAGGCCACGUCAAAUGCAUCUGCUGACAUGCUCCCAGUCAUCACAGGAAAUCGUGAUGGAUUUAAUGUGCGAAUUCCCUUACCAAGCACCUUGUUUGAUGCACUGCCUCGUGAGAUUCAGAGUGGCAUGUUACUACGAGUUCAGCCUGUUCUCUUCAAUGUCGGAAUCAAUGAACAACAAACCUUAGCAGAGAAAUUUGGAGACACCUCAUUACAAGAAAUGAUUAACAUGGAAAGCUUAGUACGGCUGAAUUCUUACUUUGAGCAGUUCAAAGAAGUUUUACCUGAAGACUGUCUACCUCGAUCUCGUAGUCAAACGUGCCUCCCUGAACUUUUGCGAUUCCUUGGACAGAAUGUACAUGCAAGGAAAAAUAAGAAUGUUGAUAUUCUUUGGCAAGCUGCUGAGAUUUGCCGCAGACUAAAUGGGGUCCGGUUUACAAGCUGUAAAAGUGCCAAGGACAGAACUGCCAUGUCAGUGACUCUGGAGCAGUGUCUAAUAUUGCAGCAUGAACAUGGAAUGGCUCCACAAGUCUUCACACAGGCCCUGGAAUGCAUGAGGAGUGAGGGUUGUCGAAGAGAAAAUACAAUGAAGAAUGUUGGAUGUCGCAAGUAUGCAUUUAAUUCCCUGCAGCUGAAGGCUUUCCCCAAGUAUUACAGGCCUCCAGAAGGAACUUAUGGAAAAGUUGAAUCAUAAGAUGACUGUGUCUUGUAAUUAGCUGUUCCGCUGAAACUUGUGGAUACACUCAACUUUAGUAUAUGGACUUUGACAAAAAAAAUGUCAGAAAUCAUUUUGGUAUGUUUCACUAAGUAAUAAAUACUGAGUAUGUAAUUUUAUUAAAUUGGAUUCCAUAGGAAAAAAAAUCUGUAACAUGCAAAUAAUGUGAUGACUGCUCAUGUAACUAGCCAUCAGUGUAUGUAAGAUGCCUAAAUAUACUAUACAACUGAUUUCUUACCUAUAUGUCUAAAUAAGAAGGAAAAUUCUUGGACUGUUGAGAAUUUAAGUAAUGAUAUUUAGGCAGCUGCUUCUCUCAUUUUUUUAUACUGAAUUGAUUUGAGAUUGAGACUUUCAUAAUACUUUUUAAAACCUCAGAGUUGUAAAUAGUAAAUAAAUUGGGUAUAAGGCAGCUCGAGAAGUACAAGAGGCAUUCUUAUACGGAAGGAGGUAAUGCUCAGUUUUUAAGACAGGGCAGCACAGUGAAUAUAAAUCCAGGAGCUUAGCAUGUUUUACUUAAUUGUAACACUAUUGUAUACAGGAUUUGUGAUAUACAAGGCCAGGAAAAGGCACAAAUCCCAGUUCUUUUUUAUUCUGAAUUGGACCCUUGAUACCUUUGUGUGUCUGUCCCAAAGACACAAUAUGUGUAAAGCCCAAGCAAAGUAGAUACACAUGUCAACAUACACAUGACUAGUAAUGUAUGAAAACCUAGUCAUCACUUAAGGUCUGCAUUCUCACCUGUGUUAAAACCAGAUAGGCAAAUGCAUCAUUUGUACUUUGAAGCACCAACGAGGAUUGCACAGGUUACAUCACUUGCAUAUCUACAUCAUCAUAUGUUUCCAGUCCAUGUCAGUUUGCUUCUCUUUCUGUGUGAAUUGCUCAGCUUACUGUAUAGUAACAUUCAGUGCAAGCCAUUAUUCAAUGCAAGUAGAUCUUCGGAUCCUCUCUUCUUCAUGCAUAGUGAGAUCAUAUGCAAGCUAACUUGCACAAGACAGCUAUUCCAUGCAUGCAAGCUUUGUCCAAGUACCUAAGAUGUGUGCCACAUGGACAGCCUGCUCCUAUACAGAAUGUUGUGUUUUUAGCCCACAGAAAUUUGUUGUUUCUUACUUUCCUAUUCAUUUCUAAUUACAAAAAAGGACAAAGUAUAAAAGAUCCCUACUUUCAAAACAUUGUUUUACAAACAUCCAAGAGUUUGCCAUAACACUUUAUUAAAUUUUACUAAAUCAAUUCCUAUUGCUAAGUAUGAUAACUUUGAAUUUCCGAUUAACCUGAUGAUAUUUUUACUUCAUUUGCAGUGGAGGGGAGAAAUCAUUUUCUCUCUCUGUUUCUUUCUUUGUACCCCAUAGUACUUAACUGUGCCAGCCUCUGAUAGUGGCAUUUAGGAAGAAAUAAAUUUCUUUUAAAAAUUUGAUAAAUAACAGCAAUACAUAUUUUGAUCCCCAAAAUGGUGAAAAGCUACCAUACAACCAACUCAUACUUUACAGAGAAUGACAUGUGUAUCACCAGAAAUUCAUGAAUGCUUACACAAGACUGGUACACUGGUUUCUUUACUUUAAAAAAAGUCUCUGUAAAGAUAUAUAGUACAAAUUAUAAAUCAAGCAUUAGUUUACUUAAUCUGCCAGAUCAUUUUAGUCAGGAUUAUGAUAGUCAAAGAUUUUCACCUAUACUUGAAAGCUGUAAUCUGUAACAGUUUUCUUCAGUUUUAAAUUCCACUGAAAGCUGGAUUUACUUACAGGUAUUGAGUGUCACCAGCCUUCUAAUGCAAAUGGGAAAUGUAGUUUAGUUUUUCUCAACAAACUAAGCACCUGGUAUACAUAUGACAUUUUCUAAGUGUAUUUUACUUCUCCCUGCUACUGAUGUUUGCUAUUUGAUUUCUUGGUGAUUUUCAGUGUAUUUAUUCUAGGUCCACAGACAUAUGUUUUACCAUUAGCUUUUUAGGAGUUUAAUGGCUUAACUGUGUUGUUCCAUGUCUUAAUCAUUACUUUGCUGACUUACGUUUUUUAAAAUUACUGUUUCAACCUUGUUUUGCCCCUUCAGAGUUGAGAGCCGUGAAACAUGUUUAACCUCAGAACUCUGAACGUAUUGGUAAAACUUUGUGAACAUUACAACUGUACUAUUGGGAAGAUUCCUGAUACAGCAGGCAGGCAACCUUUUGAUCAAUGUUAAAUUUAAACUACUUCUUAUUUAUAUUCUGUUCACCAUUUUAUUAUAUAGUGUAUAUUUACUGUAUGUAAACACUUAACUUAUUAUGCUUCAGCUUUUUAAAAUAAGGUUUCACAGGAAAGGGCUAUUGAAUUAGGAGAAAAGAUUAUACAGUCACCUCUUGAAACUCAUGGGGGAUCCGUUCUGGUCCCCCACGAGUUCCAAAUCUCACACAUAUUCAAGCCCCAUAGGCUUGAAUGGGCGCAUGCAUGCACCCCAUUAGAGUUAAUGGCUGUCGCCCCUCUGCGUAUUUUCAAGUCUGUGGAUUUCAAGUCCGCAGACAUGGAGGGGCGACUGUAUUCAUUUAAAUCAGGGACAACCAACUUCAGCAGGUCUAUGGGCCAGUUUUCCACCUAUACAAUCUAAAGCAAGUUAUACACCCCUUAACCUUGCAAAAGCCGGGAAAGGAAAUUCUAGUUUAAAGACAUUACACUAGUUUAAUAUCUAGUUUAAAGACAUUGUUUCAUUAAAACGAGGUGUAGGGGCCCUGUGUGUGUGUACAGCGUCAUACGCUGAGCAUUAUAUGCUGCUUCUUCCAGUGCUGUACGCCGGAAGAAACAAUGGCAUGAACGCCACCCUGUAUUGUGUGCCUUGGAGUGGUUUCUGACUUAUGGUGACCCUAAGGCGAACCUAUCAUGAGGUUUUCUUGGCGAGAUUUGUUCAGAGGAGGUUUUCCAUUGCCUUCCCCAGAGGCUCAGAGAGUGUGACUUGCCCAAGGUCACCCAGUGGGUUUUAUGGCCAAGUGGGGAAUCAAACCCAGGUCUCCAGAGUUGUAGUCCAACACCUUGCUUUAAAGGGGAGUUACAAUUGCUUGGGGUAUCCAUCCAGGAACAUACUUGUUCUUGAGAAGGGAAGCACAGGGGACUGGUGGGGGACUUCAUAGGCCAUAAAAUGGGACAGGCAUGCUUGGGGCCCAUGGGCUAGGUAUGGCACACCCGAUUUAAAUGUUCUAAUCUUAGAAUGUUUUGCUAGCAAUAUGUGUUUAGUAAUGAAUUUACAGACUGUUGCCAACAUACCAUCCCUUGCAGGCAAGGGAGGGGGUUGCUGCCCCCUACAGUUGUUUUUCCAUUCUCUUAAUGAAAAAAGGAAUUGCUGUAAUUGCAGAGAAAUGAGUGGAGAGUUGUGCUUUCUACUGAAGUGCAUAUGAAGCCCUCUUGAACUAGAAAGCCAUAUGAUCUUCAAAUAAACAAGAGCUUGGAUUAAGACUAAAUCAACACUGCUAAAUCUGCUGGAGAGGCUUAGGCCAGAUUGGCCCAGUGUGGUGUAGUGUUUAAAAUGUUGGACUGAGGGUGCAUCGACGCUGUAGAAAUAAUGCAGUUUGACACCACUCUAAGUGCGGUAGAUCUAUCCUAUGGAAUCUUGGGAUUUGUAGUUUUGCAGGGUCUUUAGCCUUUGCUGCUGGUACCUCACCAAACUACAAAUCCAAGGAUUCUCAAGGAUGGAGCCAUGGCAGUUAACAUGGUGUUAAACUGCAUUAUUUAUAGAGUGUAGAUGCACCCUGGGACUUUCAGAUUCUCCUGUCUCUGCUGAAAGGCUAUGAAACUCAUUGUAUGACCCUGUGACAGACCAGCUGUUCUCUCUCAGCCUGACUUUCUUUACAAGGUGUUUGUGAAAAUAAAAUGGGGAGGAGAAAACCCAUGUAUAUUGCCUUGAGCUCACUGAAGGAAAGGUGAGACACAAAUGUAUCUAAUACAUUUUUAGGAUCUUUCUUAGUUCUACCAUUUAUAAAUUACUGUGAGUCAGUCCUGUAUAGUCCUAAUUGAAUUACACUAAUGACAAAAAUAUUAUUUUUAUGAAGUUGCAUUUUCUUCAGCAAGGCUUUGCUAACAUAGAUGCACAUUGAGCAUUACAAUACUUCUCUGAUUCCUCAUCUAAAUGUUUUGCUCUCCUUUCCAUCUUUUUGAGCAGAAGAACACCAGCUGCCUUAAAAGUGUGGAAAGGAUGAAAUGUUCACAUAAUUCUUUUAGGCCAAUUGCAGAAUAUAUAUCAAUCAUGCCUAGCUAAUAUUUUAUAGUGAGAAUUUGGCAUACGCAUAGAUAGAUUUCCAUGAAGAAGAGACCGAAGAGAACUUGAACCAAACUGGGAAACCAGAAAUUCAUAUAGACUUCAUCUGAGUUACAUUUUUAAAAUGUUCUUUCUUUUCCUUUUUUUCCUUUUCUUUCCUUUUUUUCUUGCAGAGGGCAUCCUUACAGUAUGUUAUAACACAGAGUUCAAGCAGAUGUUCUUUUUGAGUACAUUUUAAAAAAAUGAAACCCAUAAAAGGGUACGAAAGAAACUGCUGCCAAGUAUGUUUUGUGUUAUGUUCUGUGAAAGCACCCACAGCACAGUUGCCUUGGGGGUUUUAUGUAUGUAUGUAGAGCUAUUGUAAAAUAGAGCACUGUUUUGUCCCAACACUGUUGUAUUUGCCAAGCUUUGUGCAUUGAAAUUUUAUUAUUUAUUUGUUUGGGGCACUAUUAAUAUACCAUAAAAAUAUGGUUAUUGUUUUAUAUAGUCUUAAUUCAUCUGUCCAUGUAUGCUGUAAAUGUGCUAGAUUUUAGGGAGAAAAAAAAUAAAGAACU